AUGAAGAAAUGCAUCAACCACAUGGAUGCCGAUUGCAUCGAGAGCAUCAGGAGCAAAGUGUUGGCGACGCCGAAAACAAGAGCGAAUCUGGACUUUUACAGCGACGAAUGCUUCAGUUCUUACUGCGGCGGGGGAACUUGCAACGUUUGCGUGCUAGCUUCCAACGGAGAUGCUAUAGCCAUCACUAGCUCGAUAAAUUCGGCUUAUGGUGCCAUGUUCGCAUCGCCAUCUACCGGAAUAAUCCUCAACAACCACAUGAUGGAUUUCAACGUGGCCAAAGAUCCUCUAUCGUUGAACGACGUCGAACCGGAAAAACAACCCCUAUCGAGCAUGAGCCCAACCAUUAUACUGAACAAAAGCACAGGACUUAUAAGACUGGUGAUUGGUGCAGCGGGCGGGCCCAAAAUCAUCACGGCCGUCUCUCAGAUCAUUUUGGAGCACAUCUUGUACGAAGUUCCGUUGGAGGAGGCCAUGGAAAACCGCAGGCUUCACCACCAACUGAUGCCGAUGAAGCUCUUCUACGAGGGGGGUUUCCCCUACGUGAGAGAGAUGCGAGAUUUCGGCCACGAAGUUGAGGAACUGCGCACGAUAAACAUAAACGAUUUGUUUAUCCACCUCAGCUCGAGUGCUUCGUCCAUACAGCUCAUAGAUGGCGUGGUGAAGGCGUUUGGUGACAAACGGAGGCACGGGUCUGGGGCAACAACGCAAAAAACAAACGACAGUGUGUAG